AUGAGGCGAGUUCUACAAGAGUGCGAUGACACCUAUGCUGAAUGGUUUGGAGAACAGAGAAUGAAUGAAGCGCAGAUAAGAAUUAUUAGGAGGAUGAAUGGAGUGACGAGAUAUUAUUUAAGAAACAAGUUCAGGUACAUUAGAUGUAUAGGUAUAGACAUGACUUUGAUAGCAGAAAAAAUAGAAAAUAGACCAAAAUGGUUUAGGCGUGUCGUGAGGAGUGAGGAAUCGGAAGCAAAGAAUGUAUUGUUUCCAAUACGAAAUUCUUCAAGAAAUCUCUUAUACGACGUUUUCGAUCGAAGAAAGACACUUAUUCAAAAAGAAUCUUCAGAAAAUCCUCAGUGA